AUGGCGGGUUCCAAGCAUGUCUCGCCGUGCACCUGCAUUCUGAUCUUCUUGGUCGUGUCGAGCCACCUGGCGCCGUGCCCGUGCGAGGCGAGGAGGCUGAUGGCGGCGUCGGCGAAGAUCAACGGUGAGGCAUGCAUGUCGGCCGGGUGCCGCGCCGUGCAAGGUACUGCUGGUGGUACCGCGGCGGCUGCGACGUGGAAGAUGGCAACCACCGACAGCCGUGGAACCGCGCCUGGGCACAGCCCCGGGAUCGGCAACAAGCUGCACGUUGCAGGGACGAUCGCCGUUAAGAGAAACUAA